AUGACUCGUGGGAGCGACUUAGUGGAUCGUUCUCCUUAUAACCAGAGAGUGCUCAAUAUAGAGAAAAUGCAACAUCGUCUUGUAGACUGCCGCCACAGCAAACUUCUCGUCACGCUCGCCGUACGACGUCCAAUCAUUUAUAUGAAUGCGGUUGUGUUAUAA